UCAUCUAGCUCGUGGGUGCGCGCAACUAUUCGUAUAUCCGACUAGUCACUUCGAAUUUCGAGUCGCGUGUCUCUCGCGUGACUUCGAAGAUACGAGGUGUCUGUGAUUUAAUCCCAAAAUUGUCCAGUUAAGCAUUCGCGAGUUGGAAAACCAUCCAAAUCCAACAUGUUGGCGAUUAAGAUUAUAUCAAAGUGCGUGCUGCUGUUGUUAGUCUGCAGUGCAAUUCAUGCCAAUGAGGACGGCGGAUUCCUUGAACGAGGAUACCGUGCUCUUUAUCGUGUCUACGAGGAGUGCGAGCAUCGCAAUAUGGCCGUGUCGCCGUGUUUGAAGAAGAAGGCGAUCGCCUUUUUCGAGAGACUCGGUCGUAUACAGACUUUACCGAUCAGCGAUAAUCUCGAGCUGGUCAAAGUCGCUUCUGCGACGGAUGAUAGCUCGAAAAAUACGGUUCCCGAUCUGGAAAAGACUUUGGCUAGAACUAACGGAGGGGCCAUGGACGAAAUGCUCAACGAUAUUCUGUUCGAGCGCGUAGCCGCGCUAAUGAACAGUUUCAACGUGCAGAUCAGCUUACCAAAGACAAAUUCUGGCGAAUUGAAACGAAGUAUUGAGGAAGGUCGUGGGAAAAUGAAGAAGAUGAUGGGCAUGAUGAUGAUGGGAAUGGCGAUGAAACUCGCCGCGUUAAUUCCCAUUGCUAUGGGCGUGCUUUUCCUGCUGGCAGGCAAAGCUCUGAUCAUCAGCAAGAUCGCUUUAGUUCUGUCGUUGAUCAUCGGUUUGAAGAAACUAUUAAGCCAAAAGCAGGGUCACGAUCAUGGCGGCUGGCAGCAAGGCGGAGGUGGAUGGGACAGAAGCCUGAAGGGAGUUGUAGACGCACCUGUAUCAUCAAUAACGGAAGCCGAUCGCGAAUACGCUCAGACUUUAGCCUACAACGCACGGCAGAAGCAUUAAACAAUCCGCAGCAGGAAGAAACAAUGGGAAAUCUUCAGGUAUUAGGAGGAAGCAACGCCUGUAUCCAAAGGAGCAGAUAAUAUGCAAUUUCAGAGACAGUUCGGAACAACGAAAUAGAUUCACUUAUUUAUGUUUUAAAAUAAAUUUUAUCAUUUAUAAAACAUCGCAUUUAUGUGUACUGCAUAGAUUACGAUAAAAAGAAGAGAGUGUAUA